UGUGUCUCUGGAUACUGAUGAUUGCAGGUUCCAUUCCAUCAGAAUUUGGAGAUUUUCGUAACAUUGGAAGAUUAGUGUUGCAUUCCAACAGUUUGCAUGGUUCUAUUCCGCCAGGGAUAUUUAACAACACAAAGCUAUUCCUCCUUUCACUCACCGGAAACAACCUUUCUGGCAAUCUUCCAGGCAACAUUAACCUCCCCAAUAUUGAGUGGUUGUCUAUUGGGAUUAAUGAUCUAAGUGGAGUCAUACCACACACCAUCUCAAAUGCUUCUAAACUAAGAACUUUUGAUGUGGUAACCAAUAGAUUCCACGGCUCGAUUCCAACAUCACUAGGCCAGUUAAGAUCUAUUGAACAUCUAGGCUUUGGAUUUAACUUUUUCACAGAGCCUUACCCUGAGCUUAGGUUCAUUGAUUCUUUGGGAAACUGCAAGAGCCUAAUAUACUUGUCUCUCUCAUACAAUCCUCUCAAUGCCACCAUUCCUUCAUCUGUAAAGAAUCUCUCUUCUCUGCAAUACUUUCUUGCAAGGAAUUCUGGGCUUAAGGGAACCAUUGCACAAGAACUGGGUAACCUGAGUAGUUUGGUAACAAUAAAUCUGGGGUACAACUCAUUGACUGGAUCUAUUCCAAUGAGUUUUCAAGAAUUAUCCAAUCUUCAAGGUUUGGGUGUUAAUGAUAACAGGAUUGGAGGGCCCAUACCAGAAGCUCUUUGCCAUUUGAAGAAUCUUGGUUUCCUAUAUCUGAAUAGAAAUCAAAUAACUGGUAUGAUUCCAGGAUGCUUGGGAAAUGUGACUUCUCUAAGGAGACUCUACUUAAACAAUAACAAGCUCACUUCUACUCUACCUGCAAGCCUUGGAAACCUCCAUGAUCUGUUGGCUAUAUAUGUAAAUUCAAACUUUUUGAAUGGAAGCAUACCUGAAGAGCUAGGAAGUUUGAAGGUUGCAAUAGAAAUAGAUCUGUCAAGGAAUAAUUUCUAUGGGGAAAUUCCUCGAACACUUGGAGGGCUAGAUCAGGUGAUCAAUCUUUCUUUGGCACAGAACCAAUUACAAGGUCCAAUCCCCAGUUCAUUUGGUGCCAUAGUGGCACUAGAAAGACUUGAUUUGUCUCAGAAUAAACUGGUUGGUAGCAUCCCCAACUCAUUUCAAUCACUGCAAUAUUUGAAGCAUUUCAAUGCCUCUUUCAAUAAACUUUCUGGAGAAAUACCAACCAAAGGCCCAUUCGCAAACUUCACCCAAGAUUCUUUUCUGUCAAAUCCUGCAUUUUGUGGUGGCUCUCCUCAUCUGCAAUUUCCUCCUUGUCAACCUGAUUCACCUAAAACUGCCAUGAAAUCCAAGACCCGGAAACUAUUGCUAAUUUUAGCCCCAAUUGGAUCAAUAUCAAUUCUGCUCGUUCUUGGCAUUACUUUGGUGUUUUUAAGGUUUAGAGGGAAAAAAAGCAGCCCCACUGGAACAACCAUAUUUCCUGCUAUAACACAUGAGAGAGUUUCUUAUUAUGAGCUUGAAAGGGCAACCAACGGAUUCAGCCAAGAAAACUUUCUUGGAAAGGGAAGCUAUGGAUCAGUUUACAAAGGGGUGUUCUUGGAUGGGACAAAUGUUGCAGUGAAGGUUUUCAACCUGGAAAUCGAAGGGGCAUUCAAGAGUUUUGAUGUGGAAUGUGAGGUAUUUCGUAGCAUUCACCAUAGGAAUCUUGUCAAAGUAAUCACUAGUUGCUCAAACCUGGAUUUUAAAGCCUUGAUACUAAGAUACAUGGGUAAUGGAAGCCUGGAGAAAUUGUUGUAUUCUGACAAUCUUUUCUUGGACAUCCUUAAGAGAUUGGAUAUAGUCAUUGAUGUUGCAUCCGCUUUGGAGUAUCUUCAUCAUGGCUAUUCUAUUCCCAUUGUUCAUUGCGAUUUGAAACCUAGUAAUAUCCUAUUGGACGAGGAUAUGGUUGCUCAUGUUAGUGAUUUUGGCAUUACGAAGUUGUUGGGUGGAGGUCGGGAUAGCGCUGUAAGAACAAAGACCCUAGCAACUAUGGGAUACAUUGCACCAGAAUAUGGGUCAGAGGGCUUGGUAUCGACGAGUUGUGAUGUCUACAGCUUCGGGAUUUUGGUGAUGGAAACAUUCACAAGAAAAAAACCUAUAGACAACUCAUUCUCCGGAGAUUUCAACAUAAGGGAUUGGGUAGUUGCAGCACUACAUAACUCAUCAAUGGUGCACAUUAUGGAAGAGAAUAUGUUGAUAUCAUCAUAUGAUGAUGUUGGUGUAGCAGCGGCAAAGGUGGAGUGUGUGACCUUAAUCAUGGAAUUAGGGUUGAGAUGUUCCACACAAUUGUUUGGGGAAAGACCAAGCAUGGGAGUUGCCUUAGUAUCACUCAAGAAGAUCAAAGCUCAAUUCCUGUCCAAAUUGCAUUGAUUGUAUGCAUGCAUCUUCUCAGUAAGCUACAGCUAAACCUACCUUGUAAUUUUAAUGUAAUUGACAAAGAAUCACAAUGAGAUGUAAACUAGCAUAAGUUGUUCGUAGUUAAUUGGGUCAAUUCAAUAAAGUCAAUAAAUCGUUCCCAC